AUGGCUGUUCUAUCACGUUUAGCCGCUUGGUGGAAUAUACCUACCUUAACAACUAAUUGUUAUGAAACUGUUCAUACAUGGCAUCCUGAUUGUCAUAAAGCAAUAUUGGUUGCUAUGCCGGAUGGAUUGAAAUUCUCCCUCAAGACUUAUAUACCAUUCUAUUUAAUUGGAGCUCUGUUAGCGUUACGAAAAUCAAAAAAGUUUGAUUUCAAGAGAUAUGCCAGAGAUGUUGUUCAAUCAUCAGCUUUCUUAAUGGUUAACCUGUGUCUCUAUUUGUGGUUCAUUUGCCGUUUGAGACAUCUUUUUGGAAUGUUCACUCCUUUCACUUUGGGAGGACUCAGUAGCAUACUUGCUAGUUUCAUAGCCAUUUUUGUGGAGAAGCCUACUCGUCGACCAGGACUUGCAUUAUAUCUUCUUAACUUGGCAUCUGAAACCUUUUACCGUCAUUUGUGUAUCCAAGGAUCAGCUGUUGCUAUCAAAUACGGUCAAUGUAUUCCGUUUGCUGCUGGUUUAGCUAUUUUCAUGGUUUUGUUCUCGAAAAACAUGUUGAGCAAACCUAUGCUGGAUUUCUUUAAACUUACACACGGAAUCAACAAGAAAAGUGAAAAUCUGGAGAAGCUUCCAGUUCCUAUCAGUUUCAAAGCUUUCUUAACUAAUUUAAGGAAAGAAGGCUCAAAAACUGAGCAUUGUGAGCAUGAAAACUCGUGUGCUAGCAAUAUCAUGGAGAACUUUGUGCGAAAUUAUGUGUUAGGCUACGGAUUAUCAACAGCGCUCACAGUAAUAGGUGGAUUUCCAAAGCUUAUAACGAACCCACAAGCAAUCAUUCGGAAAAUGUUUUCCCUGAGAUUCCAGAAGUUACCUGCAUUCUUAGCUCUUCUUCCAUUACUUUUCCACAGUGUUCGCUGUUCAAUGAAUCGACUGAACAUCGGUAACAGAACAAUCAAAAACGUAUCUGCCGGUAUGGUUUCGUCAUUGGCUAUGAUCAUCUAUCCUAACAACACAGUAGCUAUGUACACAUUCUGGAAAGCAGUUGAGAUUGUUUAUUAUGAGCUUGUAUCUCGUGGAUGGGCUCCCAACAUCAAGUAUGGAGAUAUUAUUCUGUACAGUCUGUCCACUGGUUAUGUAUUAUGGAUGUCAACCAUUCAACCUCAUUCUAUAAGAGCGAGCUAUUUGCAUUUCUUACAUGGGCUCACUGGACAAAGGCUCCGACUAUUCAAUCGCACUUUGAUAUCUCAUUUCGGCUAUCGCUCUCAGGAAGCUUAUAACUAUGUUCCCAAACUGCUUACUCAAUACACAACCCUCAAUCCAGCAAUUUAUCAACCGACACUUCCAUGCUUGAGUGAAUAA